AUGUUCGACUACAUCGUUCUCUUUAUCGGCAUCCAGGUGCUGAUUUUUAACGCAGAGAUUAUACAAGGCGCUGGCGAUGAUGGUAGUCCAACUGGGGGAUCAGGAGACGAUGGUGCGAGCGGCAGUGAUGGACAAGAUCAGAUAGGUGAUGAUGAAGACUACGACCCCUCAUUCUACGAAGCAGGCCCCGAAGUGAUGAAUAAGGGAGAAAGGACAGGGCAGAAUGUCAAUAAGCUGGGUGAAAAAGAGAGAGAAGCACACUUGAUAAGCGGAGUAAAGGCAGCUAUACAAGACGGCAAAAACGUAUCGAGUAGACUACGCGAACUAGUCGAAUCCAAGCAAAAAUAG